AUGACGGACCAAGAACGCGACCGGCCCGAUUCACCUGAUGCUGACCACCCUACUACCAAGGAGGGUGUGGGUAGGUCGGGGCUAGACUGCCUACGCCCCGCAGCAACGGCGGUCAUACACGAUACUGUUCCUGCCACCACGCCUGCCUCCCCUACGCCAACUCCAAUAGUCUUAGCGCCCGCCAUAGCGUCGUCUAGUAAGGGCCCCAUCCCACUCACCGUGCGCACUGCAUCUACCGUUCGGUACAGCGUGCCGUCAGUCACCAAAUCAGUUGCGCAGAAGCGUAGUACCCAGAAAUGGGUUCAGAGCACGAUGGUUACUGGCGGUAGAUUCCGCAAACCAUCUCCACCCCCUUCAGCGCCGGCUGUGGCCACGCCCGACAAGCCACCUCCUCCUAAGUUGUCUAAGAAGGAGGAGAUUGAGCAGAAGUGGCUUCUGGCUGAGGCGAAUUACCACUCGAAGUGGCUUCCGUUUUUCCCAUGGCUUCUGCUUGUGCGUGCCCAGGAUGGGCAUCCCUCGCUCAAGUGCUGCAUCUGCCCAGAGAGGAAGCGCAAGGGGAAGGAGCUGGCGGACGACCAGGAACGUGAGAGGGUUGUGCGCGGGCUGGAGUGGGAUCGUGAUGAGUCGGAUGCGGACGACGAUGAGGAGGAGGCCUAUGAGGAGGAGGAGGACCAGGAGCUGGACGACGACCCUUUCCGCGAGGAGGAUGAGGAGGAGGAGGAUGUGGAGGAGAUAGGCAUGGAUCAGCCUGAGUGA